CAGCACCAGAGAACUCCAACAGGAGAGAAACCCUUCAAGUGCACUGUGUGUGAGAAGGCAUUUGCAAAGUCAUCAGUUCUUCAGAGACACCAGAGAACACACACAGGAGAGAAACCCUUCAGGUGCACUUUGUGUGGGAAGCCGUUUGCAGUGUCAUCACAUCUUCAAAGACACCAGAGAACACACACAGGAGAGAAGCCUUUCAAGUGCACUGUCUGUGAGAAGGCAUUUGCAUGGUCAUCAGGUCUUCAGAUCCACCAGAGAACACACACAGGAGAGAAACCCUUCAAGUGCAGUGUGUGUGGGAAGACAUUUUCAACUUCAUCUAGUCUUAAACAACACCAGAGAACACACACAGGAGAGAAAUCCUUCAGGUGCACUCUGUGCGGGAUGCUGUUUGCAGUGUCAUCAAAUCUAAAAUCACACCAGAGAACACACACGGGAGAGAAACCUUUCAAGUGCAGUCUCUGUGGGAAGGCAUUUUCAAAAGCAUUUGCUCUCAAAAUACACCAGGGAACACACACAGGAGAGAAACCCUUCAAGUGCACUGUGUGUGAGAAGGCAUUUGCACAGUCAUCAGUUCUUCAGAGCCACCAGAGAACACACACAGGAGAGAAACCCUUCAAGUGCAGUGUGUGUGGGAAGGCAUUUUCAGGUUUAUCUGCUUUUAAAUAUCACCAGAGAACACACACAGGAGCUAAACCCUUCAAGUGCACUCUGUGCGGGAAGGCGUUUGUACUGUCAUCACAACUUCAAAGACACCACAGAACACGCAAGCAUCAGAAGAUCCCCAAGAAACCGAUUCUGAAAUCAGCUUGUGAAAGUCAAAGUGCUGCAAUGCGCCCAUCCUUCAUGAAAAAAGAACCACGAGAAAAUCUCAGCUUUGACACUUUAAAAGGUAUCAAGGUGAAAUAUGAAGAGGCGAAGGUGAAAUGUGAAGUGACAGUGAAGAGCGAAGAAGUGAAGGUGAAAUGUGAAGAUGAAGAUUCAACUCCAAAAAUAGACCUUCACAUUAUUGGAGGUAAUGUGAAUCAGGAGGAGAAUUCUGAUUGUGAGGCAGAGCGAGGCAACUCCCAGCAGUUUGUGGAAGUGGAGGUGUGGGUGGACUUCUUAGACAAUAUAAAGUCAAAAGGAGACCCGGUAGAUGUGUAGUGUAGCAGCGUUGAGUGGUGACCAGGGGUAGCAAUUUUGGGUGUACCCACCCAAAAGGAAGUUAUCCAUCUUGUGCCUCCCAGAACCAGCUACGUGGUUCCAGAAGGGGGGCGUGGCCAGGGCAGAUCCUGGAAGGAUAAAAGGGGGCGAGAGAGGGAGCUCGAGGCUGUCCGUGGGAGUCUGGAUCGUCUCGUCUUUGCUGCUGUCCUCGUCAUCACUGCCAUCUUUGUCAUCCCUUGACAUCGCCACUGCUAGAUAUUUAACCAGCUAUCUAGUCAGUCAGCGCCGUGGUUGCUCGGCAGUCAGUGUUGUGCUAUGUGCUCGCAAUUGAAACUAAGUUAUGAUAAAUAAAUAAAAAGAUGCCUCUACAGUUUAUUGUCUCCGGAGUCAUACACUACAGAUGUGUAAACUUGAGACAAUGAAGCUCCAAUAGAUUCACUUUUGUCACAGGCCUUUAAUGAAAAUCAAGUGAAGUUGAACACUCAAUUCCUAGGUUCAAACUGCAGGGUUGUGUUUACGCGAGGCUAGAUGACUAGGGAGAGUGUGAUGGCGAACCUGUGAACCUGUGAACGUGUUAAUAAAGAAGAUACCCCCUUAUAAACCAUGUCUCUCUCUACGAUGACACUACAACUCGUGUCAGGAGUGGGGUGAAGAAAUAACCCACCUAUAGUGUCGUCGGAGGAUGGGAACGGUGAAACAUUCAUCCCUCCCGCAGCCCCGGGACCCCGGUUACGAAGUCCGUUGGCGGAGAGAGAUAUCGGCGGGAGAGCGGCUGCGGAUCGGAGGGAGAGCGGCGGCGAAUCGGCGAGGGAGGACCCGUUCCCCCAUGAUCUCGUGUGCCGAGCACGCGGCAUGGCCGAGGACCACAGUGUUGAGGAGAGCGCGGGAUGGUACGUGAGCCACACCACGGCCAGCGGCGCGGAAAUGAGACAUGAGGGGACCCUGGCGGCGGUCCCCGUCGGUGCGGGAGAGUGGAGGAGCCCCGGGCGGAGACCACGCAUGUGGUGGGUGCCAAUUUGCCCUUUGAGGGCUUGGCAUGGCUGGCGGGCGCUAUUUUGCAUAGAGCACAGGACAACGCUGAAGUCGAUUGCGCUGCAAGGGGCAAUUUCUGGCCUAUCAUGCGACGCCCACGCGAAAUUUCUCCAGCGGAAGCGAGGGGAGGCCAUGACCCUCUUCACCCCAGAUGGGUGAGACGGCGCUCGACUCCUUUGCGAUGGAAAGGCUGUUGGCUCUGGCGCGGGCAUCGGGGAUCAUCCUGCCCUUCUCCGAAGGCAUGGGGACCACGUCCUUGAAGGUGGCCCAGGAAAUUCAGGGCCACGAGGCCUGCCAGCAUUGGCCCAAAGUGGAGGCUCGGCCGUGGCGGGAGGAGGACAUGGUUGCUGUGGUGUGCGGCCUGAGGACGCACGGGAGAAGGCCCCCGCAGGUGUAUUGGCAAUCGGGGAAGCCCCCUUUGCCCUGCCAAGGCGGGGGAGACCAGUGUCAAGGACCAGCUCACGUGAGCUGCGUUCUGGUAAAGGCGGACUCUCCCUUGUAAGGUGGAAUUCGAGGGGGUUGUAUAUGUUGUUUGGGUUGCGUUAUCAGUUUCCGAUCUAACCCAAAAAAAAACUCUAUUAUAGAUAUUGAUUACGAAACCCUAAGUGUUAAACCAGCUUAAUUGCCUUGGCAAUUUGGAGUUUUGUCUAAUUUCUCAUCACAAACACUCGAAGAGCACCCCCAAGUGGCAGCUGCCUCUGUGUGGCAUAAGGUGGCCCUGCACCAGCCUGCAUGUGUGCAUGAGUCUCGCAGUAGGGGACAAUAAUUGAUGUGUAAUCUCAGUUGUGUAAGUUCUGGAUAAUAUUUGGAAUUUCCCAAAUUUUGAUAAUGACACCAACAUGCAAUGACCUAUGUAUUUUGAUUGACACUAUAUGUUUUACAUUCACUGUUAAGCAGACAGUGCAUAUUUUGGUCAAUGUUACUGGAGUAGCGUGGGGUGCCUGCCGGAUUUGUACCUUUAACCUCUGCAAUAAAUAGAGAAUGCGCUACCA